CUGUAGCGCUUUUUGUGUGGUCACACUGGUGUACGAUUUUUUGUCAAUCAUUUGCUGCGGAAAAUAUAUUAAAAAACUCGGUUAAAAUGGCCGCGCGCGGCGAUUUGAUUGCACAAUUCAUAGAAAUCACCGGAACCGACGAGAAUGUGGCCAGGUUCUACCUGUCCAGCUGCGACUGGGACAUAGAGCACGCUCUGGGCAACUACUGGAGCACCCAGGCGGAUUUGCCGGUUCCGGUGCCAUCGGUGGGCCACGCGGACAACCCGAAACCAAAGCCGACAUCGAGUAGUGGAACGGGAGCAAGUGCAGCAGCUCCCGCCGUCGCUGGGGCAACCAAAAGCGCAGACGCUGCCACCGCCACCGCCGCUUCCUCAUCAGCAGCUUCGGUAGACAUUGCACCCGCUGCGUCAAAGGCCAAGCCAAAAUUCGCCACCCUUAGCGACAUGUCCAAGGAACCAUCGAGCGACGACGACCAGCAGGCAUUCUAUGCCGGCGGCUCGGACCGCUCCGGUCAACAGGUCCUGGGCCCACCGAAGCGCAAGAAUUUCCGCGAACAGCUCACCGACAUGAUGCGUUCUGCGCAGGAGCAGAACAUCGCGGAGGUGGGCCCCUCCACCAGCAGCGGCGGCGGUGGCAGUGGAGGACCCAGUGGUGCUGUCUGGGGCCAGGGCAUGCGGCUGGGCAUGACAGAUAAUGAUCACACGGCUGUCGGCACCAAUAAACCGGCACAGGGAGGUGAAAACAAACCGGUGGUGGUGCUGAAGCUCUGGAGCCAGGGCUUCUCCAUCGAUGGCGGCGAGCUGCGUCACUAUGACGAUCCGCAGAACAAGGAGUUCCUAGAGACAGUCAUGCGCGGAGAAAUCCCGCAAGAGCUGCUGGAAAUGGGCCGCAUGGUCAAUGUGGACGUAGAGGACCACCGACACGAGGACUUCAAGCGCCAGGCAGCUCCGCAGACAUUCAAGGGAUCCGGCCAGAAGCUGGGCAGUCCCGUGGCCAAUGUGGUCACCGAAGCUCCAACAGUUCCAGUGGCACUGUCGCCCGUCGAGACAGCCAACCAGGAGGCCAGUGCCCGCGAUGCCAUCAACUUGAAUUCCGAAGCACCGUCCACCACGCUGCAGAUUCGUCUGGCGGAUGGCUCGCGUCUAGCUGCGCAGUUUAAUCUGACGCACACCGUCUCCGACAUUCGUCGCUUCAUUCAAACGGCACGCCCUCAGUACUCAACCAGUAACUUUAUCCUGGUGUCCUCGUUUCCCACUCGCGAACUGAGCGAUGAUAAUUCCACCAUCGAGAAGGCUGGCCUCAAGAAUGCUGCUCUCAUGCAGCGCCUCAAGUAACUCUAAGUUAAAUACGCGUAAAGACUCCCAGCGAAAACGGAGCAACUACCUAUGAAAUAAAACUGGAUUUGGUGAAGUCGGGGAAACCUAUGUGGCCGAAUCCGAUGUCUAUAAUUGUCUAUGAUAUAUACAAUA